GGAACCCUCGGUCCCUUUCCCCAAGGGAAAAAAAGAAAGAAGUCAUAUUUGAAACAUGGCUCAAAGUGACUUUCUCUACCCAGAGAACCCAAAAAGGCGGCAAGAAGUAAAUCGUCUUCACCAGGAGCUCCUUGACUGCUUAUCUGACAGCUUCCAUGCCACCAAUAAGCUGAUUGGGGUUUUGAAUACACACUUAGGGUGCAGGCUGGCCUCCAUUGAAAUGAAAAGAGAUGGGACCAUCAAAGAAAACUGUGAUAUCAUCAUCCAAGCAAUCAUGAAAAUCCAAAAAGAAUUGCAAAAUGUUGAUGAAGCACUAAAAGAUAAACUAGAGCCAACCCUUUAUAGAAAACUUCAGGAUAUUAAGGAAAGAGAAACCGAGAAAAUUGCAAUAGUACAAAAGGUUAUUUCAGUCAUCCUGGGAGAAGCUACUUCUGCCGCUAGUGCGGUGGCUGUUAAACUCGUGGGCUCAAAUGUCACAAUUGGCAUAAUUAACAAGUUGGUCACUGUGUUAGCUCAAAUUGGUGCUUCUCUCCUUGGCAGCAUAGGAGUUGCUGUUCUUGGCCUUGGCAUAGAUAUGAUCUUCCGUGCCAUCCUGGGAGCAGUGGAGAAGACACAGCUUCAAGCAGCCAUCAAAAGUUAUGAGAAGCAUCUGGUGGAAUUCAAGUCAGCCUCAGAAAAAUAUCAUCAUGCCAUUACUGAGGUCACCGACACAGUGAAACACCAAAUGAAAUAA